GAAAAGUGCAAAAAUUCCCACGUUUCUCCAGAAGUCUAUCAAUGUUGCUUGAGUUCGUCGCACUUGUUUUUCUUGCCUAUUCCACAUUUGGGCAAGAAUUUCCAUCGGCUCUACCGCCACCACCGCCACCGCCAAGAAUGCAUGGACCAUUCGGACCUGGAAUGGGGCCAGGAAUGUUUCCGGGAGGACCAGGAAGGUUUGGAGGAAGAGGGUGGAAAAGAAUGUGGCGACACAGACAUGGGUUUGGAAUGCCAUAUAGACCGCCAAUGCCGCCACCACCAGGACCUGGACCGCGAUUCGGUCCAGGGCACAGGUGGUGAUAUGACACUUGCAAAGCGGUGUAAAUUUGAGACG